GCCGUGGGCCGCAGGAGGCCUGGUGCACCUGGCGCACCCCGGCCCGCCCCGCCCCUCACCAAGUACCUGGCGCCGGUGUCAGUCCCCGACCCUCCCGUCCUCCUCGGAGGGCCCCCGCUGCUCCACGCCGGUCUCCGGAUCCCGGGGCCCCUGCUCCGCGGUCCUCGGCCCCCAGCCACCCCACCGGGCCCGUGACGGGACUCCCAACGCCGCCGGCCGCGCCCGCCGCCCUCCGGCCAGGAAUCUCCGACUUCCGCCGUGGGGCCGGGCUGGUGUCCACCUCGUCAUGCCCUCGCUCGGGGACCUGGUGCGCGACUGGCACCGGGGCGCGCAGGCUGUGGCGCGUGGGGACUGGGACUGCGCCCUGCGCCUCUUCUCGAGCGUCCCGGAGCCGCCCGCCAGGAUGAGCUUCAACGUGGGCUGCGUGCACCUGCUAGCCGGGGACCCGGAGGCCGCGCUGCGGGCAUUUGACCAGGCAGUGACCAAGGAUGCCUGCAUGGCUGUUGGCUUCUUCCAGCGAGGAGUGGCCAACUUCCAGCUGGAGAGGUUCCGGGAGGCCCUGUCCGACUUCCAGCGGACCCUGGCACAGCUGAGGGACAACGCCGCCAUCGACUACACCCAGCUGGGCCUGCGGUUCAAGCUGCAGGCCUGGGAGGUGCUCUUCAGUGUGGCUGCAGUGCAGAGCCAGCUGGGGCUCUGGGCGGAGGCCACCCGCAGCCUAGAGGAAGCCAUCUCCAAGGGGCCGGAAGGGGCCCGCGAUGACCUGGACAUCGCCCUGGGCCAAGUGCAGAAACAGGUCCCCCUGCAGCCUCGGCAGGUCCCCAGGGGUGAGGUCUUCCGGCCGCACAGGCGGCACCUGGCGCACCUGGAGCCCGUGGAUUUCCUGGGCAAGGCCAAGGUGGUGGCCUCCGCCAUCCCUGACGGCCCGCACGAGGACGCCCGGCCUCAGCAGCCACAGGCUCUCUACGCACGUGGUGAAGCCAGGCCUGGGGCUGCCGAACGGGCCCGUGACACAGGCCCCUCCGGACCUGGUACCCGCUGUGGCCCCAGGACGCCCCUUGAUGCGGAGAUGGAGGUCAGCUCUGGCCAGGCUGGGCGGGCUGACCAUGGCACACUGGUCACCAAUGAUGAGCAGGCUGUCUUGCAGGCCAUGCCCCUCACCACUGGCUCUGCUCGGACAGUGUCUGGGCACCGCCCCCGACGAGCUCCAGGCCCAGGGAAAGCUACGUCCACCCUCAGGGCCCCACCCCAGCCCGGCAGAGCCCCAGCCUGUGGCUUUCCUUGCAGAGGCCCCACGUGGAGCAAGUUGGCCAGCAGGUCCCUCCAGGGCGUGGCUGCAGGGGGCCCCGAGUCCUUGGUGACCGUCACAGUGCGGUGCACCUUCACCCUGGCCCUGAGGGCCCCAAGAGGAGCUGACCUGUCCAGCCUGCGGGCCCUCAUGAGCCAGGCCCUCCCUCCCCAGGCCCAGAGUGGGCAGCUCAGUUACCGAGACCCUAGUGACAGCGGGGGCUGGGUGCCCCUCACCGGGGAGGAGGCACUGCAGAGGGCCUGGCAGAGGGCUGCCGGCCCUGGGGAGCUGCGGCUACAGUGCCAGGGAGUGGGCGGCCGGCCUGUCCUCUACCAGGUGGUGGCCCGGCACGGCUACUCCGCCCAGGGGCCCGAGGACCUGGCCCUGCAGCCGGGAGACACCGUGGAUGUCCUGUGCGAAGUGGACCAGGCGUGGCUGGAGGGCCACUGUGACGGCCGCAUCGGUAUCUUCCCCAAGUGCUUCGUGGUCCUGGCCAUCCGGCGCACAUGAGGAGCUUGGCGCUAAGAAGUCCGUGGCAAGGAGGGUUUAAUAAAGGCGAUC